CUUGUCCAGGUCCCUGCGCCACACGACGCGUUCGUGCUCCGUUGCUCUGGCUGUCUUCCGUUGUGGCCGCCUCCGCCGCUUGCUGUGCACCAUGCCGGUGGACCUGAGCCAGUGGACCGGGCCCCUGAGCCUGCGGGAGGUGGAGGAGAAGCCGCAGCACCCGCUCAGCGUCAAGUACGCGGACAGCGAGAUCCUUGAGCUGGGCCAAGUGCUGACGCCCACACAGGUGAAGGGCCGUCCGGUCAGCAUUGGAUGGCAGGGCUGUGACCCCUCGAAGCUCUACACUCUGGUCCUCACAGACCCAGAUGCUCCCAGCAGGAAGGACCCCAAAUUCCGGGAGUGGCACCACUUCCUGGUGGUCAACAUGAGAGGCAGUGAUAUCAGCAGCGGAGAUGUCCUCUCAGACUACGUGGGCUCUGGCCCCCCCAAGGGAACAGGUCUUCACCGCUAUGUGUGGCUGGUUUAUGAGCAGAAUGGGCCACUCAAAUGUGAUGAACGUAUCCUGAGCAACCGUUCCGGGGACCACCGGGGCAAAUUCAAGGUGGCUGCCUUCCGUGGCAAGUACAAGCUCGGGCCCCCUGUCGCUGGCACGUGCUACCAGGCUGAAUGGGACGAUUAUGUGCCCCGGCUCUACGAGCAGCUGGCAGGGAAGUAGGCCCUGUGAUCACAUGACCCCUCCCCAGGCAGUGGCAUCUCAGGGGUGGUGUGAGCAGAUGCCCCCUCCCCCUUACUCACCUACUGGCAUGGAGUCUUUUCCUUCUGAUGGGGGGAGGGGGGCCCUGGGUGUAGG